AUGGCUGUCAACAUACCCGCCAAAUUGAAGGCGGCAGAUCUUUCUAGGUUUAUCAUUAGAGCUUCCCAGCUAGAGACUGCGAAGCCCGUUAUAGCUUACUGGUGCGAAUACUGGAUCGUCAAUCAAAUACUUUUGAAGGGACUACAUAAUGGCGAUGCAGAGACGCUACAGUAUACAACGACAUUGAUGGACAAGCUCGAACAGAUCAAAGCCGACAAUGCUACAAACGAUGCGAUCGUAGACGAUACGGCUGGUCAAGCAUAUGUUGAACACUUUGGGUUGGAAACAUUCUUCCGAGCAGAUAGGACGGUCAAGGCCAAUGCAGUAACAAAGCAAACCGCGGAUACUUUCCAGGCGGCUGCAACCUUCCUUGAGCUCGUGAAUAUAUGGGGAUCGCCAGACGCAGAUACAACGGCCAAGAUCAAGUAUGCGAAGUGGAAUGCGAUUCGGAUAAUGAGAGCUUUAAAAGAAGGAAAGGAUCCCAAUGAGUCGAAUCCCAAGAUAGAGCCUGCGGAAGAGACGUUACCUCCACUCGACCCCAAUGAUCCAGAAGUUUUGCAACUUGAAGAGUCUUCCAAACAACCAUCUGUCGAAGAGGUCCCUGAUGAGCAAUUUCAGGUCGAGCCAAAGCUUGCAAGGCAGUCCUCGAUUAACCAGUCGCUACAUCCCUCCGCCCAGCCAUCCGCACAAGCAUCUGCUCGUGGAUCCCCAGGACCGACCUCCACUUUUGAGCCAUAUCCCAAGGAUGGGUUUCCUUACUCUGCAGUCAAGGAUGAUAACGUCUCUCCCAUGGAGCCCUCACCAAACGAAAGAGACGGGUCUGUUGGCGGAGGUUACUUUCCAGAAGUACCCACCUUCACAUCUGAGGCCCAAGAUCCAACCCUGCAAACAGCACCAUCAGCAGAUGCAUUUGAUUUAGGUCUUCCCGACCAUCCAUCAGCACCUCCAGGCGGAGAUUUAGAUCUACCUGAGCAGCCUACCAGUCAACCAGGCACCCAACGCUCACCGGAUUUUGAAUCAUUUCCACCUCCAACCCUCCCGGACGAGCCAUCGAACGCUCCUCAAGAUUUCUACCGCCAGGGCCUAGCCCAAAGCCCUCCACCGACGUUCUCACAGCCCCACGCCCAGCAACCAACAAAUUACGCACCUCCUCCUCCCCAACCCCAACAACCAAGAUACCAAGCACCGCCUCCACAAGCACAAAGAUACAAUCCGCCACCACCAGACCCACCAGCACCAAAGAAGACGCAGUUGAUUACGGACGACCAAUCUAUUUCCAAAGCGCAGAAGCACUGUCGAUGGGCUAUCUCAGCACUGAAUUUCGAGGAUGCGGAUACCGCUGUGAGGGAGUUACGUGAAGCUUUGAAAACAUUGGGCGCGAUGUGA